UCUGGGAAUUUCAAACUCCGCUUCUGCACCGUCUGCGCCUCCAACAACAAUCGCUCCAUGGAAGCGCACUUGCGCCUCACCUCCUCCCCUCAGCAGUAUCCUGUCCUCUCCUUCGGAACAGGCAGUCUCGUCCGCCUACCCGGCGCGUCUCUGCACUCUCCCAACGUCUACAAUUUCAACUCGACCAGUUACGAACAAAUGUAUCAGGAACUCAAGGAAAAAGAUAAGAGACUGUAUUCGGCGAACGGGAUUUUGAACAUGUUGGAGAGGAAUAAGAAUAUCAAAUGGGGACCUGAGAGGUGGCAGGAUUGGAGGGUCGGUGUUCCCCGGGUGGGAAAGAGGGUGAUUGGCAAGCAGAAAGAAGCUGCUGCGCGAAUUGAAGCAGAAUGGUCUCAAGACCGAGGAUCCGCAGGUGCAGAAUCUGGCGUCGUAGACAUCGUCUUCACAUGCGAAGAACGCUGUUGGGAUGCCGUCGUCGACGACCUCCUCACCCGCGGCGCACCUCUCAACCGACCCGUGCACGUCUUCAACGUCGACAUCAAAGACAACCACGAAGAAGCACUCGUUGGCGGACGGGCCAUAUUAGAAUUAGCAGAUGCGUUGAAUGCCGCCGCGAGGGAAGAACGGGAUGCAUAUACUGCUGCUACUGCUGCUCAUGCUGCUGAAGGUAGUACUACGACGCAUUUAUUCGACCAGGGAAUUGCAGGCCGAGAAGGAUUCGAUGAACGAGUUCCGGAGAUUUUGGCGCAGUGGCAGGAGAAAUGGCCGCAUUUGCCUGCUUUGUGGACUUUGGCUUGGUUUUGA